AUGCCAAACGGAGGGCGAACUAAUGGUAAUAGCAGAAAAAAAGACGGAGGUCAAAUGGAUAAUCUUCGAGGUGCAUGUCCCUCCCACAGAUGGAAAGAUCUGGAUAAACUCGUGAAGACUUUGAAUGGCGACGAAGCAAAGAUCAAAGCAAAGAUCGAAGAGUGGUGGGACGAGUCUCCCCCAGUGGAGGAAGUCUGGGAAGAUGUGAGCAAGAAAACCGCAAAAAAAAAGCUAACCUCAAGCGCAGGUAAUCGUGGAAACAGUAGAUCUCAAGCACCCGGCCGAGGACGUGGCAGAAGCGCCCCCAGCGGUCGUGGUGGAAGCCGAGAUCGCGGUGGACGUGGACGAGGUGGAGAUAAAAAGACUGGAAACACGCAGCCCGCAAAAGCAGAAGAAAGAAAGAAAUCUGUGGAAAGUAAUAGUGUACCAGUUCCAACUCCCUCAAAAGCUUCGGCGCCCAAAGGAGCUUGGGGUGCUGGGGCACCUGCGACAAUAGAACCGGCACAAAAGAGUCCUCAGCCCAACCCUAAUGACAUUGCCCCACCUCCUGAAAAUAAUCCAUUGGAUGUUGGAGUUGUCUCUCAAGACGACCCCACGCCCGCAGGUAUCAGUGCAACCCUUGAAAAUUCUCCGAGGGCGAAAGUUCCUGCGUCUGGCAAUGUUUGGGCCACAAAGGGUUCUGCUCAUCUAAUUCGAGCUGAAAAACCGAAGCUUCCAGCGCCUGCACCAACUCCGGUGGCACCCCCGACUUCUCACAUGUCUCCUCCCGUUGCAACGACUCCGUCGAAGUCUGUUCAACAGCAGGAACCAGAAGAAAGAGCUGUUCUUCCGGAGUCAACUUUGGAAUCUGGCUUACCAGUUGUCAGUGAUGCCGGUGCUUGGAGUAAAGGAGCUCCGAAGACUGAACCAUUGGCUCCAUCUACAGCAACUCAAAAGCCCCUCCCGACCACCAUUCCUUCGGUUUCCUCUGUAGAACAGUCCCUGCCAGCUCCUUCGGAACCAGCUCCAGCUUCCACAGCGCCUGUAAACGUCCUGAACAUGGGACACUGGGAAACGGGAGAUACUGACGACGCCCAAAACCUCGACUUUGCUUUUGGUUCUUUCGGUAAUGACAAUGACGCAAUGGAAGCACCUCCUGCAAAUGUUUCCUUACCUGAAGCCCCUCCUGCUGCGUCCAAAGAGGCAGAAGCACCAAACACAACAUCCACUAUGUCACCUGCCAGACCGCCACCAGGACUCUCACUCAGUGGUAUGCCUCCAAUGCCAGGUGCUGUCAUGGUGCAUGAACUUGAGAACAAGAUGGAAAACGCUACUUUGACUACUCAGAAAACCGAGAAGCCAGACGGGAAGUCACAAGAGUCCAAUGUGCCAGCUCCAGUCCUACCUUCAGCUGGAUUCUCACAACAGAAUUACAAUCAAUAUGGUAUGGCCGGGAUUUAUAAUUAUAACGCAGCAGGAAAUGGAUUUGUCGGUAUGCAUGCCCCAGCGGGUCCUGUUCUUGCAGGUGGGGUAGUGCCACAGCAGCAUGGAAAACCACAAGUCGGUCAGAUCUCUGGACCUAGCGCGACGCCAAGCGCUCCCCAAGCUGUACCUCAACAGGGACUUUAUGGAUCACAACCACCUGCAGCCCCUACAUCUGGGAAUACAAGUGGAGGAGAGUCUGCUACAGGUGAAAAUGCGGCCGCUGCGAAUGGCAUUCCUCCAGGUAUGCCAGGAGCAAUGCCAUAUGCAAAUCCUGCCUUGCACUAUGGCCAGCACCAGUUCUACAUGGGUCAACAUCAAGGUGGAAUUGGUUACAACUAUGCCUAUGGGCAAUUCGGCGGUGUAGCUCAAGGAGGAUUUGGGUAUCAACAAGUGAUGGGUCAAAGCCAAGGCUAUGGUGCGCCGCAUUACGAUGAUCAGUCUCACCAAGCAAACACGCACCACUCUGGAGGUUCAGCUGGUUACCAAAAGGGCAGCGGUGGUGGUUACCGGGGCCGCAACUCUCAUCACAACAACAGUCAAUAUCAGAACCAGUAUAAUCCACAACAUGCAGGUUAUGGUGGACAACCUUAUGGAAUGGGAUACCAAGAUCAUUUCAACCAACGUGGUGGAUAUGGACCAGGAGGAAUGGGCGAUCCGUACGGAAUGCAGCAAGGAACUGGUGGAAGUUACCAAUCCAAUGCAGCGCACUCUUCUGGUAACUUUCAUGAGGAUGAUCAAAAGGCAAAGAAAGCCACCCGUGGGAACAACGCCAACAGCACACUUCAGUUUCAGCAACAGGUGCCUUCAGGAGGGAUUGCACUACAAGCACAGGGAUCGGAGUCAUCUGUCGCCGGAGCUGCAGGCUGGUCCAACCAAACUGGGGGAUGGAGCGGAGGUGGAGCACCCGCGUGGCCGGGAAAUUAA